UUUCAUUCAACAUUAAUUCUAUGUGCUUUACAUACACUGUUUGAACUGACAUCUGCUCAAUGUUCUGAUGUUCUAAUACCGCAGCAUGGUGAUAGAAUUGGAUGAUGCAAGAAGAAUGUGUAAUGGUGAAGGAGGCUAUCUAGCAAUAGUUAAUUCGCCUGGUGAAGCUGAAUUCCUACAAACUUUGAUGAAUUAUUAUCCAAUCUCAUGUAUAAGUGAUGCGGAUAAACUGGAAGCUUUCAUAGGAAUACAUGAUUAUUUUCAAGCGGGACGCUACGUUACAAUUGAUGGUCGAAAUAUAGAAAAAUCAGGUUAUCAAUAUUGGAAUGAUGGUGAACCGAAUAAUAUAGGGGACGAAAGAUGUGGCGCUAUAUAUCGUUUCAAUGGCCGUUUAAACAAUUUAAGAUGUCAUGAUAAACAUACAUAUAUCUGUGAAUACAAGCGUCCACCAGGAGGUGUAGUUGUUUUGGGUUGA